GGAAAUAAGGGUACAAAUUCAUGGUGAUUUAGUGAUGGAGAAAUCAGUUCAGCCAACUAUUCAUGAAGAGCCGCAUCGCUUACCUCGCAUGACAACUACGCAGCAUGUCACAGUCACACAUCAGAAAAGAUUAUCUUCCCCGCAACCAAUCAGACUAGCUGCCCAAAGACUGGAAUUCCCAGCAACACGAGUACAAGAGACAACAGAAACUUGUCUUGAUUUUGAAAACACCACUAGUGAGAUAAUGAGGUGGUCCUUAUCCUCUAUUGCACCUGCCUAUGUGAAACAAGAAAGCAAAGAAGUUUACAGAGCAACUUACACAGCUUUCCGCUUCACUAAACAGUCUGGUAUGCUUACACCAGGACAGUUUGUCAAGAUUCCAGUAGUAUUCAUUCCAAGAGAUGUAGGUAGUUAUUCACAAUACUGGGAACUCGAGGCCAAUUCCAAAGAAUCCGUAGCAUCCACAGUUCAACAGACUAAAAUAGAACUUGCUGGUGAUGGUGUCAAAGCUGCUGCAGCUUUAACAAAGACUCAUAGACGAGGACCAUUAGCACCAACUGUUCCAAUGGUCAAACCUUUCCAUCAGUCUACCACAGAUAACACUGAACCUGUCACAAAAACUCAACACACUGUACCAAAGUAAGCUAUCAUAAAUUGGUUACUGUGCA